AUGUCCAACUCCGACUCCGAGCCCUCCCCGCUCAGCAGCAGCGCCAUCCCCUCCAGCUUCGACAGCUCGCCGGAAUUCUUUGAAGAAUCACGCUCGCAAAAACUAUGGCGCAAGAUCCGACAAGAACCCUUGAUCCCCGUGGGCUGCGCCGCGACCUGCUAUGCACUCUACAUGGCGACGCGGUCGAUCCGGGCGGGCGACCACCACCAGACGAACCGCAUGUUCCGGGCUCGUAUCUACGCGCAGGGAUUCACGCUGUUGGCACUCGUGGCCGGCAGUAUCUUCUACAAGGACGAGAGGAUGCGGAGGAAGCAGUUUGACACGGCGCUCGAGGAGAAGAAGAAUGCAGAGAAGAGGGACAAGUGGAUCAGAGAGCUCGAGGCCAGAGACCAGGAGGACAAGGAGUGGAGAGACAAGAUUGAAAAUGCCAACCGUGCUCCCGCCGAGGCGGCGUCUUCUGCGGCCGUCAUGCAGGCUGUGGAUGAGACGGAGGGCAUCAUCAAGGAGAUCAAGGACAAGGAACAGCUGCAGGACGGGCAAGAGAAGAAGAGAUCCGGUAGUUGGUUCUCAAGUAAAAGUGUCAGUGAGGAAGUAAGAAGGCACGGUUGGGGUAUUGGGACCUGGUCAUCGAGGUCCAAAUAG